AUGGAAAUUGACAAUUUGUCAGAAAUUUUUGGAGAUUUUGAAUUUAAUGAGGAUAAUGAAUUUUUUAUGGAUAAUCAAGACGAUAUUGAAGAAAAUGUUGAGAUGAUGAAUAUAAUACAGUUUUAUGGUGAACAAGAAACUGUCAGUUAUGAAGAGGAAACUAUAGAGUCCUUGGAUGAAUUAACAGAUCAAUAUUUCCCAAGUGACGAAAGUUCUACGCCUGAGUCUUACUUAAUAGAGCACUGUAAAUCAUUGAACAGUAAACAAUAUGGAAUGGAUAAAAGUGAAAUGUUUUGUGCACUUUCAUCAAACAAAUCUUUAAAUUCAUUUGAUAAACUGACAUAUACUUCUCAAAAGUUUAAACCUAUUAUUUUCGACCUUCCCAAAGAAAGCGUUCAUAAUGGGAAGACCCAGGAAGAUAUGUAUAGAGCUGGUAAAGGUCAUGUUCUACCCAAAUACAAACCUGUUUUCGAUCUUCCUCAAGAAACUCUUCAAAAUGUAGAAAUCACUGAAAAUAACGAUGAUAUGACGACACGCAUAUCUUUUGAAAGCCAGAACUUGCAAUCACCAAAAAGAAAAAGAAAUUCUAGCAAUGUGAUGUCGCGGGAUGAUAAAGGAUCAUCUGAUAGUAGCGUAAUGGCACGCGUAUCAAUCGUGAAUAUGGAUUCAGAGUCACUCAACGACAUAAAUAAAGAUGAAAAUUCCGAUGGUGAGGCUGAUAGACAAUCAAUUACAUUACACCUCGAAAAACUCACCAUUGGAAGUUUUAUCAGCCAUUAUCCUUGUGCAAUUUCUCUCAAUCCGACUACCCAAUCUAUUUGUUUUACUAAUUUAAUGGCAAAUAUUAGUACGAUUGGUGAUACAUCUCGUCUUGAUAUCCAUAUCAAAGGAUUUGAGCAUUAUUCGAGAAAUGAUAAACUCAUAGAAUUGCUAUUGGCGAGCAAAGUUUCAAAAUGGUUAAUACCAAUGAGAACAAUAAUAAAUUAUAAUGAAGUACACCUUUCUAUUGAUCCAUCAGAAGGUGAAAUUGCUAAAGCGGGUAAAAUAUCGAUGAUUGUGUCUGAUCAAGAAGAUCUUGAUAAGCUUAGAGUCAUGGAUGACAUGUUUAGAAAAUUACAAAUAGAAGCCACAGAUCCUUUGGAUACUACUAUAGUAUCUUAUGAUAACAUACUGAUACCGGCUUUAAUAAAUUAUGAAAAAGUCCGAUUUCAUUAUGAUCUGUCUUAUAAUACUACACUAAAAAAUUUCAUCGAAAUGUUACGAGAGCGCUUGAAUUCAAAAUUAAUUUCACCUCCACUUUAUUAUACCUCUGAUAGUAAAAGAACGUUUGUUAUUAAAAACGAGGAAAAUUGGGAAGAAUGUAAGAAAAUGGUUGCAAAAGAGAGGUAUGAGGGUGAAAGUAUCAUUGAUAAUGAAGCAGUUUUGGAUUUGUAUGUGACAAGAAAAAAAAAUAAUAUGGAGGGUAGCAUUGAAAUGUAA